AGAAUAUAAUAUUAUUUUAACAGAACUGUACAUGCAGUAUUUCUUAAAUUUCCACGAAUUUUCGAUCUUUCAGACACAUAAUUUAUUUUCGAGUUGAUGAUGCCUUUUGAAGCAAUAAGCUUUUAGGUUUUUCACGAAAAAGUUCAAUUUUAAUUUGAACAUCGCGGUGCAGUUUGACGUCCCACAUAAAUAGUACGUUGCGCUUAAUAGGUAAGGGAAUGGAAGAAAAAAAGGGCAGUGACAAGUGUUCAUUCGUGCCUCAAGGCGAGAGUCAAUGUAAUUCAAGGGAAAGUCUGGGUGUGCACUGUCGUCUGCUCGAAGACAAUAUGUAUACAUUUUGAUUUGUCCUAAAAUUAGCUGAACAGCUGCAACGCAUCGGCAAGGCCUACAAAGCUUUUCACACGUGCUUAUGCCAAUGUUGGCGUUAGGAGUGAACAGAAUGCGCGAUUUAAAUAGCCUGUCAACAUGAAGAUGAUAAAGCUGAAUAUGUCUGACAAUUUUAUAAUAAUAUACACCGGCGAGGAACUAGUGAGGGGCAGGUACGCAGGGGCAUUCGUUGUUCGGGCGCCUUCUAACGCACAGAAUACAAUAAAGUAUGAUUUGAAGUAGUUCCUUGCAGGCUGUGGCUGUUCCAAAUGUCAAAGCGCCAGAGCCUUUCAUCUUACAUGAAAUGGCUUGAAUAUCAAGUGGCCCUUUUUCAUAAUAGUAGAAAAACUCUACCAUGUAGGCCCCUAGAGAUUAUGAAAGAUUCCCGGUAUGAUUUAGUUCCACUUCAUAAGCGACCUGAUUUUCUACAACAAUGCUGCAAUCUACUAAACUCUGAAUGGAAACGGAGCAAAACUGCACGGUUAAGAAGUCUCACCAUGUCCUGUGAUAAAUUUCCCAUGUAUCUUCUACUACUUAGUAAAAAUACAGUUCUUGGUCUCUGUAAAAUAUCAUUAGUACACAAUACAAUUGAUAGCGUUGUUAUAGAAUCAUUCAUAAUUGACCAUGCUCAUAGAUAUCAGGGGCUUGGAUCAAUGUUACUACGUGCUGUUGAAGAUUAUGUACAUAAACGUGGUAUUAAAAAUAUUUUUUUAAUGACCAAAGGACAGGAGGACUUCUAUUUAAAGAAUGAAUAUAUUAUUUGUGAACCUAUUCAAGAAUUAAAUGGAUAUUCAGAUUUUGGUUCUGAUACUUACUCAACAACUGCAACUAAUUCGAAGAUAGAAACAAAUGAAACUUCUGUGGGACCUCCACCACCACCAAUGCCAGAUUUCAGAAAAUCAUCUAUACAAAUCUGUUUAGCAAUUCCUGAACGUACUUUCAUGAAAAAAAUUUUAGAAUCCUGA